UCGUCUUUUAUUUAUCGGAAUCGUUUGGAUCGCGACGCAAUAAUAUUGUUUCAGUCUAUUCUAUUACGAGCGUCGCUAUAUUUUUUAGACAGUUUAGCAGCAAAAUUAAUUAACGAUGGUACGUAGAUUGCGCGAACCAAGUACCACAGAAGAUGAAAUCGUUAUAGAUACACCGCCCCAGAAAAAGCAUAAAAAGCACAAACAUAAGAAGCACAAGAAGAGAAAACUUGAGAAUGAUUACGACAGUGAUACAUCAAUUGACGUCUCAUACGAAGAUGUUAUGGACAAGUCCUUUAAGUCUAAAAUGAAGGUCGGCAGAGACCUUCCGGGAACGUCCGCUGCAGAUUUACUAAAAGCACAAACCAUGAAGUCUUCUUCCGACUCUAGGAAAUCCAUGCCGGGCUCAUCCUCAAGUACCCCACCUAAAGUGGUGGCUAAGAAGAAAAAGAAAGGAAGGGACAGUGGGACGUCCAGUGAGGAGGAAAGAUGGCUAGAUGCUAUCAAAUCUGGAAAACUAGAAGAGGUUGAUGAAGAACUGAAGAAAAUCAAACCAAAAGACCCCAAAAUGAUGACUGCCAGACAAAGGGCUAUGUACGAAAGGGGAACAGACAAAGAUACCAGUCCAGGAGGUGAAGUGCUGCUUGCACUGCCCUCUGGUUACAAAGAAAAAGUCAUGACCGCAGAAGCUAUACAAAAAGCAGCUAUCAAAUCACAAAAGCGCAAGCAACUGGCAGAUGAAAAACGUGAAAAGGAUAAAAAGAAAACAAUGGACCGCCUACUUAAAAAGCAGGAAUCCAAAAACCUGAAAAAUUCUCAAAAAGGCAAGCCUGCCAAGAGGCAAGAGCCCAUGAUAAUGUAUAAAAAUAGUGCAACAGAGAUAUCAUUAUCUAUGCCACCUGGGUUACCAUUUCCGCUUGAAGCAAUGCCUCCGAGGGAGCCACCUAAACCUAUCAGAUGUGGAGCUGAAGGUUGUGAAAACAUCAAGAAGUAUAAUUGUUCCAAAACUGGAGUUCCAUUAUGCAGCUUGGAAUGUUAUAAAAGAAAUGUCACCAUUAUAGCUGGUUAAACAUGA